GUACCUGAUAAGAUGAAAAUGUGCGAAACUUGCCUAUAAAAAGAGAAUUAAACGAUAUCAUUUUCAAGCUCAAGAAAUCCCACAAUAUAGAUAUGAAGAUAUCACAUAUCCUGAGGACCUCUAAGCUAAAGCUGGUAUUCUCUUUUCUUCUUCUCUUGUCACUUGGAACGUCAAUUGUAGCUCAAGAAGUUGAGGAUGAAUCAGAAUUCAACUAUAUUCAAGGAGAUGAAAGGGGGCCGGAAAACUGGGGAAAUAUUAAACCAGAAUGGGCCACAUGUAACACCGGAAGAAAGCAGUCUCCCAUCAAUCUAUUUGCUCCGUUUCCAGAAAGAGUCCCUAACUAUGUGCGAAUUACAAGGUUAUAUCAGCCUGGCCAAACAACUAUCAAAAAUAGAGGCCACGAUAUAAAGCUUGAAUGGACGGAAGGAAGCAGCAGCAUUCAAAUCAAUGGCGUUGAUUAUAUCCUUCGCCAAUGCCACUGGCACUCUCCCUCAGAGCACGCAAUAAAUGGCAGAAGGUAUGCAUUGGAAGCGCACUUCGUACAUCAAAGCCUAGACAACAAGGUGGCAGUAAUUGGUUUUCUUUACCACUAUGGCAAUCCUGAUCCUUUCCUUUCUUCGAUAGAAGAUAAAAUAAGAUCGAUUUCAAACAAUGCAUCAACAGACGCUGGGGUAAUUAGUCCAUCACAAGUGCGGAUGGAAGGAUCGCAAUAUUACAGAUAUAGUGGGUCACUCACCACCCCUCCUUGUGAUGAAGGUGUCAUAUGGACAGUCGAAAAUAUGGUAAUUUCAACAACCCCGAUCUCCCAAUAUAUAUGUUGUUUCUGUCUAGAAAUUAAGGGUACUGAUUCCUUUGCUUAGGGAAUACCGGGUCAGAUUCGAAUGUCCUGAGUCCAAAGUCCGUACGCCGGAAUCCUGCAAAAGUAAUGGUUAGACUGCCCCGGGGGUUGUUCCGGGAUCGCCUCUCCGACGCUCAAGUCAGUGAUCAAGCUUAGAGAGAUAAAGUCUAGAGAGAGAUGCUCUGGUUUGUUAGGUAGGAAUUCAAUACUUUCUCAUUGAUGAGGGGGUUGAGUAUUUAUAGUGCUUGGGAUAUCCCAACUGUAAGCCAGCUGGAGGGCACUGACAGCUGGGAGGCACUAUCACAGGUGGGGCCCUUUGGAGGUUUGAGGCUCUAUUGGGUUUAAUUGUCUCUGGCUGGCUUAGCCCAGGAAGCUGGCUUAGCCCAGGAAAUAA